AUGACACGAGCUACUAAUACUACAACGGAAAAAAGGUCCCAAAUAUUUUUGCCAAAUAUUUUCUUCAAAUGUUUUUCUGUUGCUCUGGUAUGUAUUAUCUCUUUCUGUGGUGGCUACUUCCUGAAUUCGAGUUAUUCGACCAACCAUCUAGAGAUUGGAACGAAAACAAAUCCGAUUGAACGGAGAAAUUCGCGUCACUUGCGUCCUUAUCGAGAGCAACUCUUGGAUUCGUUCAAGGCAGAAAAUUUAGAAGAAACGUUAAGGUGAGGAAACCAAGUAAUCCUUUUCAGAAAUUGCGAUUUUCUGGCAAGAGAUCAACUCCCAUUAUCGAAAACCGACCGACUGCUUUUGUUUGUUCUUCACAGGUAUUUCUCCAAGGAGCCACAUCUCGCUGGUUCAAAACGCAACAACGACUUAGCGCACCACAUUGCUACUAAAUGGCGAGAGUAUGGCUUUGAUGAAGUUACAAUGCCAAAGUAUGAUGUGCUCAUGAGUUCACCUAAAAAUGAUCGGAAGAGCCAUGUGGAAAUUCAUCGUAAUGGUCGUGUGAUCUUUAAAUCACAGUCUCAUGAAAAGGUGAUAACGGUUUGCUUGUUAACUGUCUUGUUAUUUUGACUACUCUGGCUUUGAUUUUUAUCCUUUUGCAAACCCUGGAAAAUGUAAAUUAACGAGGCAUCUGUGAUACUACAAAAUCUGAGUGUAUCAGUUUCGCAUUUAGAUUCUUGAGGCUUUUUUUUUAGUUUUACGCUUCGAGGCAGACCACCAAAAACUAAAAUUAUACAAAGAUUCAAAAUUUGUUAGGUGUUAGUCGCCCUGACGAAGGGCUAACGCUCGAAACGUCAGCUUUGAAACCCUCAACGGUGGCCAACUUACGUUAUCAACUCAGUUGAUAAUACCAUAUUACCAUGUUAUACUCUCCCACCGACGCAACACCACAGUCUCUUCGGAAACUUGCCCCCUUUAACAAAGAAGUGCAUUGUCAUCUAACCUCCAAGCUGUCUUUAAACUUCACCUCCAACAAAAAGAUCCUUUCACAGCUGCUACAUGUCACAUUUCUUGUUUAUCUUAACAGGUUUUACGUGAAGAUGAAAAGAAAAGUAAAGAUAUCCCAAUUUUUCUUGGUUAUUCUCCCAGUGGGGUAGUGGAAGGUGAAGUUGUCUACGCCAACUUUGGCACUGAAGACGAUUUUGAGAAACUGACAGCUAUGGGAGUGUCUUUGAAAAAUAAGAUUGUUAUAGCGCGACAGGGACAAGUAUUUAGAGGAAACAAGGUAUGCUAUUUGUAUUUAGAACUUAACAACCUUAGCGCAGAUGUUACUGAGUUAUGAUUUGAGAGCUUCGUUGAAUUGUUGUCUUUAACACUGCAAUAGCUGUUGCACGCAAUUUAUUUCUUUUUUCGUCGGUUCUUUGAAUCGUGGUUAUGACUGCGCGCGCUAAUAGGUCGUAGGGGUAAGGGAUCAGGGUUAGGUUGUUUCCCAUUGGCUAAUCUGCAGAAACUGCUUAUAAAAGUUUGUCGGCUUGCUGAGUUCAGAGUCAGGUGUGGUCUUUUCAUACUCUGGCGAGCAAAGAAAACUUCUGGUGCCAAUGUAAGUGCGCUGAAAGUCAAAAGAGAAGAACACAACAUCCGCUCCAUUCCCUUUGCAAAUUUUUACAGUUUGCUAUUAUAAAACAUUUUAAGGAACUAUGGCUUUCUCUACCUUUGAAAUCUUUUGAAACUGAUUUUCAAGCAAUUCCUGUCAAAAGAAUGCGUAUGUACUCUUCCAACUCUGAUUACUAGGUAAACUAUGGAUGGAUUAAUAUAUAGAUUUAGCCAAGCCUAGAAGCGGAGCUCGCAAUUUUUUCCCCGCACGUCCCAAGGGCACAACGCCUUGCAAUUAGUCGCACUUGAUUAUGAUAGUCACUCAAACUUCAUUGUUUCCUUAAGGUCUUCAAUGCUCAUUCACACGGCGCCUCUGGGGCCCUCAUAUACACUGACCCUGCGCAGUUUGCACCAGAGGGAGACGGAAACACUUUUCCCAAAUCCUGGUGGCUUCCAGACUCCGGCACACAGCGUGGGUCAGCGAUAAGUGAAACGGGGCCUGGUGACCCACUUACCCCGGGCUUUCCUUCUGUGGAUGGUAUAUACCGACAGCCGUUGAACGAAAGUGGCUUACCACCAAUUCCUGCCUUUGCUCUAUCUUAUGGCGACGCCAAGGAAAUAUUAAAGCGAAUGAAAGGUUAGAAGCUUAGUGACGCCGAAAUGUUGUUGUUGUCGUUUUUUUAGUUAAAUAUUCUGUGAGUCGCUGCAGGUAAAGAGUGACUCAUUCAAUUGACCAAUACUGAUUUCUCUUGUGUUUUACUUGCAGUGACGCAGAACCUAAAUUAGGUGCACCUUCACUCGGGCUUUCGGUUCUUCCUUCCGGGGUUUAAUUUUUUUUUACGCUAGGCCCCUUCACUUUUGAACUUUAUCCAAAAUCCAGAAAUGUUUUUGAAACUUCAAGCUAUUUUUAUGACAUUCGGAACUGACUUGCUUUCGGCCUAUCCUCUCAAUUUUUUUCUUAAAUUGAUAAGGUCUUGUUUUUAGAAGUGCUGUCUGCUUGUCAGCGCCUUUGGCAGUUCGGAUUAAGACAUUCGAGAAAGAGAUAGUGGAACAGUGUUCGAAGGAGUUAAUUUUGUAAUAGGACUCCACUUAUUUACCUCUCUCCACGUGGACUAUACCCGUAUUUUCAGAAGCCAAUACAAUGUCUAUCAUGUUCUUACAACUUUACUCGACAGGUCCUGAAGCCCCGAAGAGCUGGCAAGGAGGCUUGCAACUCACUUAUCACGUCGGGCCGGGUUUUAAAGACGAAGAUCUUUCAUUACGCUUGGAUAUUAGGAACAACAUAGAGAAUAAAACCAUUACCAACGUCAUUGGCCAGAUCAGAGGCGCCGUAGAACCCGACCGUUAUGUACUCAUAGGGAACCAUCGGGACGCUUGGGUGUUUGGUGCUGCUGAUGCAGUUAGCGGUACGGCUGCAAUGAUGGAGUUGUCUCGUGGUUUGGGAGAGCUUCUUAAAACGGGAUGGCGACCUCGCCGGACCAUAAUGCUGUGCAGCUGGGACGCGGAGGAGGUGUUUGUGGUUGGAUCAGCCGAAUGGGUUGAAGAAAAUGCUCGAACUCUUCAAGAUCGCGCUGUUGGUUACCUCAACAUGGACGUGGCUGUCAAUGGCAAUUUCAGUAUCAACGUUGAUGCAAAUCCUCUACUCCAAGACGUGGCUGUAUCGUUGACCAAAGAAGUAUGUGAUCCAACAGUUUCGGACACUUGCAGAAGCAUGUACGAUGUCAUGUUAGAGAGAGAUGUUACGAAACACGAGAACGGGAUCCCAUUCUGCGAUAAUUUGUCGUUCGGAAGUGAUUACGUGUCGUUUUAUCAUUUCAUCGGAGUCUCUUGUGCGGAUUGGUCUUACAUUUUCGGGGGGUUGUAUGGAAUAAGGCGAUCUUAUCCAGUUUAUCAUUCCAUUCACGAUUCAUAUUACUGGAUAAAAACCUUUGUCGAUCCCGAGUUUAAGACUCACCUAGCCGUAACAAAAUAUGCAGGGAUUUUUCUUCUUGAAUUAGCAGACGUGGAGCUCUUGCCUUUCAACACUACAACCUAUGCAGAGCUGUUACAGAAAAAAUCCACUAUUAUAGAAAAGAGCAAACAUCUCAAAACACACAGCAUCAGCACGGCUGCCUUCUCUCGCGCGGUAAAGAACUUCGCAAAAGUCGCCCGUCAGUUUGAAAGCAGUAAGUCAAAACAUAAAUCAGAGAGCUACCGCACGUUAAACGAUCAAAUGAUACAACUAGAGAAGGCGUUUAUUCAAACUGUGGAAGUGAAUGAUCAUAAACAAUUACGACAUGUUAUAUACGGUCCAAAGCUUGCCAAUCUUUACGGCGGUAUCUAUUUUCCACGCGUACAUUAUGCCACGAUGAAGGCCGAAAAGACGGGAGACUGGAAAUCGGUGGAGAAAGAAAUAUCACUUUUGACAUUUGCCAUAAACUCAGCCUCGAGGGUUUUGAAACCGAUAUGAUAAACAAGAAAGCUGUAAAAUAGUAUUAAAUUUGUCAUGUGAAGAACUACCGUGGAUAAAUUUGAAUUUUUUUCUAAGCCGUUUUGUUUAUGCUAGUUAGAAAUUUGCUACGUUCUUUUUCGGCAUUUUCGCCGACCGAUGCUCAUUUGAGAUUUGUCACAAAGCAAUUGUGAAAAAAGCCAGUUUACAUUCAUUGGAACUGAAGAAGCUAGUCAAUAAAGAAGUUAAUAUUUGACAUAAAGAAUAUCUUGUAGAAUGUACCCUUGUCGUAGAAUGAAUUCGCGAGACUCAGUAAUAAUCAUGGAUUAGUUAAGUGUGUUCGAUGUGGCCUAGGAAUGAGUA